CAAAGAUGGUGGCACAAAAGGCGAAAGGGAAGUAACUUUUUGAAAAUACAUUCUAAGGAUGUUGGACCAAGGGUUGGGGAGUAUUACAAAAUUAAAGGCCUUUGGUGAGAUUUUGUAUUUUUUUAAGAUAAUGUACCAACAUUUUUCUAUUAAUAUAAGCCAUUUGGCAUGAUUGAGUGACUCUUAAAUUAUUGAUCAAAUUAAAAUGGCAUUUCCUUUAAAAUGGUACAUCAUAUGUGUACUUAUGGUUAUACUGGUUAUAUUUGAAGUGAAUAUUUUCAAAAUAUGUCUAGACAAUAAAUCAAUCUUACCAACAAUAAAAGGAAAACGGGAAAGAUUCAUAAAACAAAAUUUGAAGGAAAAAUUAAAUAUAUCUGAACUUGAAAAAGAAAUGUUCAUGGAUUACUUAAAAGCAAAAUCAGUUAUGCAAGAUAGUCAGUGUAAAAAACUGUAUGGAAAUUCUAAAUUAAUACAUCGAUCUGAUGUCACUUUAGAGCUUAAUUUCACAUCGAAAUCGCCACAAAUAUUCUGGUGGGGGAAUUUUUUCAAUGAUCCGCCACCCAUUGAGAAAAAUCAGGAGGCAUUAGACAAAAAUUGCCCGCAAUAUGGUUGCACUUUUACGAAUGAUUUAGCUUUAUAUAAUGAUAGUGAGGCUGUAAUUUUUCAUUUGCCUGAUCUGGAGGACAUGGAAAUGCCAUAUAUGGCAGUGGGACAACGAUGGAUUUUAACAGUAUGGGAGAGUCCCAUUUCUUAUGAAAUUCCUGCAAUACAUGAAAUAAAGGAUAGAUUUAACUGGACAGCAUCGUACAUGCAUCAUAGUGACAUAAACAUGCCUUAUUAUACAUACAGAGCACUCAAACAGGAUGAGAAAUCCAAGGAAACAAAAUUGAUUGAUUUUUACGCAGGAAAGAAGAAAAAAAUACUCUGGACCGUCAGUAAUUGUCUAGCUGGGAGUCAACGUAAGAUAGUAGUCAGAAAUCUAAGGGAGCUUGGCUGGGAAAUAGAUAUUUACGGCAAAUGUGGCAAUCAGAGUUGCUCAUUUGGGAGUAAAUGCGAGAAAUAUUUGGGAUCAAAUUAUAUGUUUUAUUUAGCCUUCGAAAACUCCUUAUGUGUGGAUUAUAUAACAGAGAAGCCUGCCAGAGCAUUAAAAUGGGGGACAAUACCCAUAGUGUAUGGUUGGGGUAAUUAUUCCACUAUCCUACCGCACCAUUCGUACAUCGAUACAAAAGCAUUCGAAAGUGUAGAAAAACUGAGCGAGUUUAUGCAUCAGGUAGCAGACUCCAGAGACCUCUAUAAUAGUUUCUUCAAAUGGCGGCAGAAUUUCAUACAGUCCAUGUCUCCGGGCCUAGCGUGCAAUAUAUGCAAAAGGCUGUACAUGGAUCACACUGUACAACACUAUACAAAUAUUCAACUAUGGUGGGAUGUUAAUAAACUAUGUAGAGUAUUCUGGGAAGUGAUGGGACUUGUCGAAAUGACAAAUGAAAAGACAGAAUCAGAGACAUAGAGGUAACAAAAUUACAAGCAAAUGUUCAGUUGACCUUAGGAAUUGG